UGGUGCUAAGAAAAUUGGGACAUGAAAUCUUAAUUAUCUCUUUUUUUAGUUUUUUCAAUGCACGCUAUCUCUAUUUUAUUUCCCAAUUGUUGUUCUUAAUAUAACUUGGUUUCUCGUGAGGGGUUUUGAAUAAAAUUCAAGAGCAAAUUUGAUUACUCAACUAAAUCGUUGAAGCCUACAGCAAUCCAUGGCUCAGAAAGUGAAGGUGAUUGAAGAGUGUCAGGUGAGUCCUCCACCAGGUUCAGUUCCUCCAACCUCUAUCCCUCUCACUUUCUUCGACCUUCCAUGGCUUUGUUGCCCUCCACUCAAACGUAUCUUCUUCUACCACUUCCCUCAUUCCACUCAACACUUCGUCCAAACCCUCCUUCCAUCUCUCAAGAACUCCCUUUCCCUAACUCUCCAACACUUCUUCCCUUUCUCUUCCAACCUACUCUUCCCACCAAAGCCAAACACCCCUCACAUCCUCUACACUCACGCUGACUCCAUCUCCUUCACCGUAGCUGAGUCCACACUAGCAGAUGUCACCACCCUCGUGUCUCAUAAUUCCCCAAGAGAUGUCACUCUUUUGCACCCUUUUGUUCCCUCCUUGCCACCACCACGUACCUUAGAAGAUGGCACAUUUGUGAUCCCUCUCAUGGCCAUUCAGGUCACUGUUAUGCCCUAUUCCGCCUUCACCAUAUGCAUCACUUUCAGACACGUGGCUGCAGAUGGGAGAGCUUUUCAUCACUUCAUGAAAUUCUGGGCCUCUCUUUGUAAGUCAUCAAAACAAGACUUGGGCCUGGCUUCCUUUCAAGGCUCUCUUGCUAUGCCUUUGCACAACAGGGACAUCAUUCAAGACCCGAAAGGCCUUAAGCCCAUUUUCUUACAAGAAUUGUGGAAUUCUUUGCCGGAAAAUAUAGAGUCCAAGGGCAUCAAACGUGAUGUUCCUAGUGACAUGGUGCGUCACACGUUUGUCUUGAGCCAUGUCCAUGUUGAGAAACUCAAGAAAUGGGUAUCUAUUAAGGGCAAAAGCCAUGGUCUAGCGAUACCGCACAUAACAACCUUUGUGGUAACAUGUGCAUUGAUUUGGGUUUGUAAGGUGAAAUCAGAAGAGAAUAAAGUUAAUGAUGAUGAGUCAUACAUUUUGGCCUUCAUGGCAGAUUGUCGUAAUCGUCCGGAAUUUUCAAUUCCAUUGGAAUACUUUGGGAAUUGUUUGGUUUGUGGGAAUGUUGUAGUCAACAGGGGGAAGCUUGUGGGAGGAUUAGGAAAUGGUAUUUUGGAGGCAGCCAUCGCUAUCGGUAGCAAAGUUAGAUAUUUGCAACGUGAAUCUUUUGAAGGGGCGGAAACAUUGAUGUCAAAUUUUAGAGAAUAUGCCUCGUUGGGGAAGCAUAUGACAAUAAUUGCGGGCUCACCAAAGCUUGAAGUGUAUGAAACUGACUUUGGGUGGGGUAAGCCCAAGAGGAGUGAUGUAGUUCACGUCGAUAAUUCAGGAUCAAUCUCCCUUUCUGACUGUAGAGACAAAGAAGGUCGAAUUGAGGUUGGGAUAGCACUUCAAAAGACUCAAAUGAAUAAAUUCACUACCAUUUUGGAAGUGCAUCUCACAGAAAUUGCACUUCUUGACUGAAAAACCUCCAUCCAUAUCCAUGAGUUGUCUUUUGGUGGACCAUGAAGUUUUGUCUCUGUACUACAAUAUAUUCCAUAUAUAUAUUCAUUAAUCUUCAAUUAUGGGGUUUGGUUAUCGGACAUCCAUGUUACGGGACAUAUAGACUUGGAUCAAAGGCACCAAGCAUCGUGUACAAUGAUUUGUACCCAUAUUAUAGUUUUCCUUGCCUUCAACAAAAAAAUAAUCGGGUUGUUUCA